AUCAGUGACCUGAGGAAGCUUAUAAAAUAGCUUGGGAAAAGCCAGUCACCAAGACAAGGCAUCUCAGAUUGGAUGUGGAAAUUGCUCUCAUCUUGAUAAAAAAGGUUCCACCCACAGCCACCCAGCCUCAGGAUGGUGCCGGCGCUGCUGCUGCUUUCGGCCCUGGCUGGCCUCUUCGGAGCGGCUGAGGGACAAGCCUUCCAUCUCGGAAAAUGCCCGACUCCUCCAGUGCAGGAGAAUUUUGACGUGAAUAAGUAUCUUGGAAGAUGGUAUGAGAUUGAGAAGAUCCCAGUGAGCUUUGAGAAGGGAAGUUGCAUCCAAGCCAACUACUCGCUAAUGGAAAACGGAAAAGUCAAAGUGGUAAACAAGGAGUUGAGAUCUGAUGGAACUGUGAAUCAAAUUGAAGGUGAAGCCACCCAGGAAAACAUCACAGAGCCUGCCAAGCUGGGAGUUAAGUUUUUCUGGUUGAUGCCGUCAGCUCCAUACUGGGUCCUGGCCACCGACUAUGAGAACUACGCCCUCGUGUACUCCUGUACCACAAUCAUCUGGCUUUUUCAUAUGGAUCAUGUUUGGAUCUUGGGAAGAAACCCUUACCUCCCUCCAGAAACAGUGACCUAUCUAAAAGAUAUCCUGACCUCUAAUAACAUUGACAUUGAGAAAAUGACUAUCACAGAUCAGAUGAAUUGCCCCGAGUCCCUGUAACCAGGCUCUAAAGGGAGGCUGCAUUCACUCCAUGUUCCUUCUUUUGCUUUGCUUUUCCCCCACACCACCCCUCAUAAAGACAACCCAACCCAUCAUGGCAAACCAUUGCAAAUACCAGAAGGGAAAUGUGACAACAAAAGCUAGUGGAGAGGAACUCAAGGCAAGUGGGCCCAAACACUUAGCCACGCACCACCUUGUUACCUUGCAAGCCUGAUAAUAAACUUGUUGCUGACCUGCUAUACUCACA